UAGACGUACCCACCCCAGCCAGGACAACAGCACCUGCAGGAUCCCCAAUGGCCCUGCCCUGCUCCUUCUUGGUGGCCCUGGUGGUGCUCAGCUGCCACUCCCUCAGCCCUCUGGGAUGUGUCCUGCCUCAGGACCACAGCCUGCUGAACUGGAGGGCCCUGAUGCUCCUGCAACAAAUGAGGAGACUGUCUGCUAGCUCCUGUGACAACUACACAAACGACUUUGGCUUUCCCCAGGAGGUGUUUGACGGCAAGCAGCUGCAGAAGGCUCAAGCCCUCUCUGUCAUCCAUGUGACGAACCAGAAGACCUUCCACCUCUUCUGCACAGAGGCCUCACCUGCUUCCUGGAACACGACCCUCCUGGAGGAAUUGUGCUCGGGACUUUCUGAGCAGCUGGGCCACCUGGAAGCCUGUCCCCUGCAGGAGGCGGGGGUGGGAGAGAUGCCCCUGGUGACUGGGGACUCCAUCCUGAGGAACUACUUCCAGAGAAUCUCCCUCUAUCUGCAAGAGAAGCAAUACAGCCCUUGUGCCUGGGAGAUGGUCCGAGCAGAGAUCAUGAAACCCUUGUAUGCAUCGACAGUCUUGCAUAAGAGAUUGUGGAGCAGGAAGUGACACCCCUUUCAAGAUGGAAAUGAUUCUCUCUGAAGAAUACUAUCACACUCCCAUGUGUCCUGUAGUGUCAAAGACUCUCAUUUCUGCUGUCAUCAUGACAUGAACUGAAUCAAUUUGUCACAUGUAUUCAGGAGUAUUAAGCAACUUGAAGUCAACGUUACAAACACCUGUCGCCUUCAGAUGACCAUGCUGAUCUGCCUAUUU